UUGCAACACCGUCCAGCAUGAUCCAGCGCGCGCUCGCCCUCAUGCUGCAGCGCCUCCUGGGCAAGUUCCUGUCCCUCGACGCGGCGCAGCUGGAGCUCAGCAUCUGGGACGGCGACCUCACCUUCACCGACCUCCAGAUGCGUCUGGCCGUCGGCCGCGGCAAGGUCGGGGCGCUCCAGGUGCAGAUCCCGUGGCGCUCGCUGUGGAGCCAGCCCGUCGUCGUCAAGGCGCAGAAUAUCCGCAUCUACGCGCACGCCAUGUCGACGUCGAAUGAGCCGGCGACCGAAGCCCAAGUCGCGGCGAGCGAAGAGCAGGACAAGACGUACCUCUCCACACUGCUCGCUUGCAUCAUCAGCAACGUCCAGAUCGAGCUCGAAGACAUCGAAGUGCGCUACGAGUGCUUAGAAGACUCGGUCGAAAAGACGCCCGGCUACGUCGUCUGCGCCAUCGAGCGCGUCCUGCUGCAAAACACGGACGGCAACUGGGUCCCGUCCUUUAUCGAUCCUGCUGGCGGCGCCAAAGAGUCGCGCAAGCGCCUCCAAGUGCAAGACAUCUCGACGUACGUUGUCCCGUAUGCGCUGUACACGGAUCCCACCAGUCUGAUCGAAGACGACACGCGGUUCUACGUCUUCCACAACUGGUCGAGCGACGUCAAGGCGACGUUGUCGUACCAAAGCGCCGGCGCAGCCAUCCCCGACGUCGAGCUUGGCAUCGUUUUGCAUCAGAGCUCCACCGUCACGCCAUGCUCGACGUGCCGCAGUGUCUCGGUGCAACCGGACGUGCUUACCUUCCAUCUCGAAAGCGUUCACGUGGACGUGCUCUGCGCCGUUCUCAACGAAGUCAAGGCGCCGUACGACCACUACGACAAGCUUACAGAGCUCACGGCAUCGGCGCAGCAGAACCAGGGCUUUGUCGCGGUGCUGACGUACGCCAAGCAGUGGCUGUUGGCCGACGUCGAGCCGAUUGCGCCGAAAACAAGUCAUGGUAGUGACAGUGACGACGACGACGACGACUUUCAGGACGCCGUGUCGCCGCCCAGCCUCACUAUUGCUGUCGAAAUCACGCCGCCCGUCCACCUCUCGAUCUUUCCCCGCUCCGAGAACGUGCACGACGAGUACGACUACUCGACGGAGCGGACGCACUGGAUCCUUGCCAUCGACGGCACGCGGGUGCUCUGGCGGCAGAGCUGCGUCGAGAGCGAAGUUCAAGUAGCCAUGCACGCGAUCUCGCUCCAAGAAUUUGACCCAUCAACGGCGGUCCAAAGUCUCUUGCACGUCGACCGGACGUCCAACGCACCGUGGCUCGAUGUGGUCUGCCGCGUCCCCGAGUACGAAAGCCGACUCGUGGGCGCGCAGAUGUCGCUCUCGUGGCACAUGGCCCACUCGAUGCACUUCGUCGUCUCGGAGGCGUCGUGCUGGAAGUGGAACGAGCUCAUCUCGCCCAUGUGGCAGUGGUGGGACCGCUGGAGCUCGCUGUACCCAACGAAAGAAGUUGCGACGACAACGACGACGACGCUCGCCGCGGCGCCGCUCCCGCUCAUUGACGUGGCAGUGCGGGCGCUUACGGUCGAGCUGUCCAUGGCUGACCCGCAGCCGUUUGUCUUUGGUUGUCAUCUCGAUGCGUUCCACGUGCGCACGACAGAGACCGACGCGUCGUUGACAUCGGCCGUGUCGUGGGCCGGCAUGCAUCUCUACUCGUCGUCGAAUGCGCUUCGCCACGACAUGUGGGCCUGUCCCAGCACCUCCAUCACGCUUACGAGCCCGACGCGGUCGGCGUGGCAGCCGUCGGCACACCAGUGUACGCACAGCUUCGUGUCGGGGCCAAGCAUGCCCGUGGCGGCCGUGAAACCCACGGGCUUUGGCGCGCACUUUUGCACGAGCGCCGAGGAGAUGUACUUCUACACGCUCAAAGCAUCGCUGCCAGCGAUGGCGAUCGAAGUGACGCAGGACGAGUUCCGGCACGUGCACGUGCUCUUGGGCAAGUGGACAGGCGGAUCAGACGCGACGCUGUCGCCGCAGUCGUCGCCGCACUGCACGUGGAUCCCAACGCAGUACGCACAGUGGGCAAUCGAGUGCCACGUUCCGUCGCUGGCGCUCACGACGCUCGACAGUGGCGGCGUCCCAUGGGGUCGAGUGGCCAUCACCGAGUGCUCUCUUUCGUCGCACGUGUGCUCGAGUCUUUCGCACGUUUCGUGCAGCAUCGAGUCGCUCCUCGUCCUCGACGUCCAGUCUUCGAAAGCGAUGCUCCGGCUAGCGUCGUCCACGUCCAUCGACGCGGUGUCAUGCCCGCGGUCCGGCUUUGCAUUCUCGGACAAGAUGACGCUGCACGGCCUCGCGCUCAGCCUGUUGCAUUUGCAAACACGCCACGUCGAAGCGGCGCUGUACCUUCCGUUUCUGAGCCACCUCACCGAGUGGCUUGCCAUGGGCGAGCUCCACGCGUCACUUGCGGCGGGCCACGGCGCACCGCACUCGCCGAUGCCGACGCUCCCAGCGGUAUGGACGCCGCGGGACUCGAUCCACAACACGUGGCAGGUCCACGUGUGGCUCGAGCACGGCCUCCGCGUCGACUUGUUCCAUGCAAACGAUGGCACGCACGACGGCUGCGUGCGCUGUGACGGGUCGACGUCAUCGCUGCUCGGGACGAUCACCGCUUCGCACGCAGCGUGGAGCAGCUUUGGCUACGAGCCGUACUGCGACGUGACGACUGACGUGCGCGGUACGCUCAAGCAGCUCGUGUUGACGGACCAAACCCACUCUCUGCUGCCUACGCCCGACACUAUGCGGCACCGCGACGUUAUUGGCGCUGACGGUGACGCGCCACAGCACGUGGACUUUCGGUUCUUUGCGACCCACGACGACGAGACACGCGGCAAAAUGUGGACGGUUCUCCAGCUGCGCUUGGACGCGGUCGCGAUUUGGUAUCUGCACCGUGUCUACAAGCAGUUUAGCCACUACUUGCGCGACGUCGUCUUGCCCAAGCUGCUCUGGGCGCCAUUGAGUCUGGAGCAGCGCCGCGCCGUGUAUCUGUGGCACGGCGACGAGCUCGACGAAGACGACGAUACCGGCUUUGUCCCGGUGGCCCCCGAAGUCAACACUGAGUUUCGCCUCGAGAUGGUCGCGCACGACCUGCAAUUUGCGCUCCCGAAAAACUCGUUCUCACAAGACGUGAUCUGGCUCAAGAGCGCCAACGGAUCGCUCACGACCGUGCACGCGGCCGGGUCGCCCUCCAACUUUGUGCAAACAGGGCUCUUUGUCGACGAAGAAGACGGACCUGGCGCGAUGGACGUGGCGCCACGCGGUGCGUCGUCGGCGUCGCGCCUCCAAGAGCUGCGGCGUCGAGAGCUCCGAAAUCUCCGACGCCUCGUCAAGAGCCAGCGCGCGCAGCUGCUCGUGAGCCGCGGCCAACUUCUCGCGGACCACAAGACAGCGCUGCGGCAAAAGCACCACUACAUGCACCAGGGCGGGCUCGACGCCGAGUCGGUCGUGAUCGUGUCCCAAGCUAACCAAGCUUGCGAGAUUCUCAGUGCGAAGUUCGAGGCCGUCGAAGAGAACCUCGCGUCCCUUCAGACGCACCUUGCAUUUCUCGAGUCGGAGAUCGAAGCCACGCGGAGCGUCGACGAGGAAGCGGGGCACGAGCGCAUACGCAAUGGCCGGUACCGAAGCCACUCGAUCGAAGCGAUUGAAGAGUCGGUGUCGAGCAUGCCGCAGUACGCUGCGGGGUCGCUCUUUGGCGCCGAAGACGCGGCCUUUCACGACGCCACGGAAGACGCGCCGACGUCGCAUUUACCGUGGCUGGCGAUCGAGCUCAUUGGUCUCAGCGGUGUUUCGGCGCACGGCAGUAUGUUUGAGCACGCCAUUUGCUCGCUCACGGUCGACUACAAGGACCAAUUCAAGCGCGUCCAUGAACGUCUUUUCAACUACCCGAUCCUGGUCGUCAGCGUGCUUCUGAACGAGUGGAGUCUGCGCCUUUCCGAGAUGCAGUACGCGGCGCUCAUUGGCCUCAUCAAGGAGAACGUCAAGGAAGCCAACAGCGUCGUCAACGAAGACACGUGGCCGCUCUGCGCCACCUGCGGCGGCUUCCACGUUGACGCUGACGGCUGCGACGUCGAGUGGCUGCGCGUGCCUGUUCGGGUCGUCGACGCCUCGUUGACGCUGGCGAAAGCACUGCAAGGUCCCGAGAUGUCGUCAACGCUGCGCUUUGAAGAGCUCCGGAUGCUCGUGACGAUGCGCACGAGCGACGUUAUGGACAUCCACGUCGGCACCGAGGCGCUCUCAAUCGUCGACGACGCGGGCCAAGAGGUCGUGCGGCCGAUGCAAGCGUUUGCCGAGGCGUCCGAGCCGCAAGUGUCGAUCCACGCGCAGACGAAUUGGACCGACGGCGUGUACACGAUCCACGUCUGUCGGUCGCACGUCCUCGUCGUGCCGUCGUCGCUCGCUAUGCUCAGCAACUUCUUCUCGUGGCCAUUCUGGGCCGAGACGCCUUCGAGUGAGCUCGGCUUUGUCGCGCCGCCGCUCUUUGAGUGGAAGCUCAUGGAAGUGCACGUGGUCUUUGAGAAGCAGAGCUGCUUUUACCUCUUGGAGGACCUUGCCGUGCCCACGACACGAACCCUUGUGCUCAUGGCCGAAGUCCUUUUCGAGUACACGAUGACGCAAGACGUAGACGCGCAGACAAGCACGACCAAGAUGGAUCUGACGGUCGAGCAGCGCGGGUUUUACUUUUCGUCGCUGCCCGAUUUGCAUAUUGACGUCGACUUUCCGCUCAUGAACCCGUUCACGCUGCAGAUGAUGCACCUCAUGCAGUACAUGGCGCCGACGAACAAGCCCGAUUUGGACGCGACGCAGCGCAACGCGAUCUCGCUCCACGCCGACAAGAGCGCAGCGGUCGUGCAGCCCGUCGAAGCGCGGCUCUCGAUUCAGGACUUUACGCUCCUUGGCAACAUCUUCCACACGUACGCGACGACGUCGGUGGCCACGGCGCACUGUGGCCCGGUGUUGGCGUAUCUCGACGUGCCGCCGCGGCUCCUCAACGACCGGCUGCUCGCCGACAUUGGCGCGAUGCGCGUCGUGCUGGUCAACAACAGCCUCGGAGUGCCGAUCGCAGACCUCGUCAUGUCAGAGAUCGAGUGCCAGUACGAAGCACUCCUUGACGACGGCGCGUCGAUGAGCGUCGGUGGAAUUCUGCACUGCAACUACUUUAACAACAGCAUUUACCGCUGGGAGCCGCUCAUCGAGCCGUUCGAAGUCCAGAGCAUCAGCGCGAUGGCCGAGACGAUGGACGUCAAAGUCAACUUGCCGUUUACGCUCAACGUCAACAUGACGCCGGCGAUGGCGCCGCUCUUGUCGAUGGAAGCGCUGCACACGAUGGACGCGGUCACGACGGGCGAGAAGGUCACGACGCCCUUCUGGCUCCAAAACAGCCUCGGGAGCGACAUCAAGUUUAGCUUUGCGCACGGCCAGUCGUUCAUUCAGAAGACAGUCUCGCACCAAGAGGUCGUCCCGAUCGACUGCCGCGACAAGAGCACGCAUCUUCGGACCUUUGACAAGGCGUCCGAAGUCGACUCGCUCAUCUUCCACAAGUCGAACCUCACGGCCAGCCACUCGCUGUAUGUGUGGGUCACCAACACCAAGUGGGCCAGUGUGCACCCGGUCGCCGUCGACGUGGUCGGCAACGUAGCGAUCUGCAUGAAGCGCACCGACGACUUUGAAGAUGACGUGCUCGACCCGCCCGUGAUUGUGGCAGAAGUGAGUCUUCAGGAAGACGGGAGCAAGCUCAUUCACUUGCACUCGCAAGUGCUUUUGCGCAACGAGACAGCAAUGCCGCUGCUUCUCUGGGGCUUUUCGCCGCCGGGCCACGUGCACGAGUGGGUCGUCGACCGCGACGCAACGUCGUACGUGCCGCUGCACCUCAUUCACCCGGACGCGCGCAUGAGCUUGCGGCCGUCGACGGACGCCGAUUACGCGCCGCUCGCGUCGUCGUUUAGCGUGUUUGAGGACGACAUCAAGAGCGCCAACUUGAGUUUCACGUCGGCCAAAAGGCGCUUUGUCAAGGCCGGCACGUGCGUGUGCAGAUUUCGCCAAGACCACGGCGUCAAGCAGCGCGAGCUCGAGAAGCAGUUGCUCCCGGGCUUCCUCGUGCGCGAUCUCCCCGCGUGGCAGUGCGUCUACGACGUCGAUGCGUUUGUUCUGCUCAACACAUCGGUCGGCAGCAGCAGCGGCAGCAGCAAAGUGACCCACCGCCGGCUCUCGACCGCGAGCAGCUUGCACGACGACGAAGCCACGGUGGUCGAUGACGAUACGUCGACCAUCUUUGAAGAGGCGCCGACGACGCCCGGGCCCAAGAACAACACCGCGGCAGUGGACGUCCUCGAAGAAGCCAAGCACGCCAAGCAAGGCCAGAGCGGCGGUGACCCGAUUUUCGCGCAUAUUUUGACGCUCAAGCCGUACUUGACGCUGCACAACCGGCUCGCGUCGCCAGUGGCGUACCGCGUCUUGGCCCAGAGCCUCCAGCUCGUGGCAGAAGGCAUUCUACCGGUGGGCGACACGCUCCCGCUCUUCCAGGUCAACUGCGCCGAGGACGUGUUUGUGUCGUUCCGGAUCGAAAAUUACAAUUGGAGCGAGCCGUUCAACGCCGUCGCGAGCAAAACCGCGAUUCCGUUCAAGGAGACGAUCGACAGCAUUGCGCUCAAAGGUCGCGUCUUCCCCGACAACAGUGCUUACAAGGACACGCAAGGACGCGUGCCGGAGCUGCAGCUGCGACUCAAGCGUAAGGACCGCGAUAUCGUCGUGUACAGCGGCCUUUGGGUUGUGAAUCACACGGGUCUGCCGCUCGAGUACUGCGACGCGCUGAGUCGCAACCCCAAGACGCUUGAGGCGGUAACAACGUACCUCCACGCGCGGCCUGGCAUGUCGGCGGCAGCGCGCUUCCUCCCGCGCGCGUCGGCGUCCAAGCGGCGCAACCUCGUGAGCCCCAACGCCUUUGUGUCGCCGGUGCACCAGCAGGCAAGGGACGACGAGCUCCGGCUGUUUGAGAAACCGGCGCUGAUCGUGCCCGUGGGCUUGUACGUGGUCGUCGAGUCGGCGAAAGAUCUCUUCAAUUCGCACAAGUACUGGGGACACCAGAGCCCGUACGUGAAGGCGUCGCUCCUCAUCCCCAAGCAGGAUGCCAAGACCAACAGCUUGCUCGAGAGCUUGUUUUGCACUGCGCGGACGCGGCCGGUUGUGAGCGGCGGCCUUGCGCCCAUCUUUGGCCACGAACACAACAACACGCUGUACCUCGACUUUCCCAAGGACGUGCUGCACUACCAGCUGCCAUCGGCCAGCGUCGUCAUUGAAGUGCGCUCAACAUGGCUCGACACGAACCUCGGCAUUUUGACCAUUCCGCUGCUGGACGUCCUGAGUCGGCGCGAGUUUUACGCUGGUUUCGAGUGGCACGACCUCACCAAGCGCAAGGUGUCGCGCCGCGCAACGACGACCGGUGUCGUUGGGCGCAUCAAGCUCUCGAUCUCGGUCGCCACCAUGCACCAGAUGCCGUCCGAAGACCAGCCGUCGUGGGGCACGAUCGCAACGACGCCCCGGGGUACAAUGGCCUCGUCGUCGUCGUUGCCACUCGUACCGCUGCUUCGCCCCACGCUAUCGGACGCGCCGUUUGAGCUCACGGUGUACCUCUCCACGAACCGGUUCACGUCGGUAGAGCUCUCGGUGCUGCCGUCGACGACGCUGAGCGACGUGAUUCAACAAGUGCUGUGUGUCGGCGGGCUCAGCGCCGGCUCGACGAUCGUACUGUCGGACUAUGUGUUUUUUGAGCUCGUCUUGCCGCGCUUCGUCUCGCUGCGCAGUGCAGGUCGACCGGAAGGCGACCGGUGGUACGGCCACAUCCUCACCGACAUGGAGGCGCCAUUGGGCAACCUUGGGCGCAAGCACGGUUUGCACCUCUGCCACCGCAUUGCGAUGAACACGCUGCGGCUCUACGACGAAAGCAGCACGGCCAGCGUCCACCACAGCACGCCGCGCGCGCUCGUCUUGAACCGGCAGCAGUCGUUUCCAGCGCAGUCGCGUCCGGUCGAAUGGGGCGAAGUCAUCAACUUUGGGUCGCGCUCGAGCAGCGUGAGCAGCCACUGGGACGUUCUCCGCGUGCGCACGGGCCGCUGCAGCUGGUCCGAGCCCGUCCGCAUCCAUCGAAACGCAAUGGGCAACUCGGGCGUCGCCCAACAAAUCACGCUCGUCGAUAGCAGCGCGGUUGGAGCAGUCAAGCAGUACGAGCUCGCGCUGUGGAGCGCGUACGGCAGCGGUGUGUUUGCCGACACGAUUGUGACAACCCUCGUUCCGCGCUAUGUGCUCAUCAACCGCACGUCGUUCCCGCUCUGGUUUCGCCAGCACAAAUGCAGCGUGGUCUCGACGCUGCCGUUGCAGUCGCUGCAGGCGUACCACUGGGACAAGGCCGACGAGCCCAAGAAGAGCCUCGAGGUGACGUUUGCCUCGAGCGAGAUGGAGUGGUCUGGGCCCUUUGCGCUCCACUCGCUCGGCACGACGUACCUCAAGCUCCGCGGCAAGGACGACCCGCACGCGAUCUACAUUUUGCAAGCGCAGCUCGAGCUCGUCGGUGGGUCGAUCGUCUGCGUCUUUUGCGACGAGAGCAAGCGCUGGCCGCCGUACCGGAUCGACAACUUUACGUCGUUCCGGCUCCACUUUCACCAGUCGCACUGGCCGGACGACAUCUGGGACGAGGUCGGUCCGCGGAGCUCGGUGCCGUACUCGUGGGACAGCCACGAAGGCAGCUUGUCUGUCUCGGCCGACGGAGCGCAGACGCACGUGCUCGAGCGGUUCCUGGAAGUGCGGUUUAUGCAAGUGUCGUCGUCGCUCUCGUCCGUCGACGCGUCGAAUGCAAUUGUUGACACGAAAGAGUACAACUUGGACGCGAUGCAAAAGCACAAGCGGCUCCAGCUGACGCGGUCGCUGCCGGCGUCGCUCUUCAACGGCGGCUGCGCGCGCGAGGGCCUCCUCCUCAAGAAAGACAAUGCGUUCAACUGGAGCAAGCGCUACUUUCGCGUGCACGAGCACAUGGUCUACUACUUUUUGACCGACACGGACCACGCGCUCCGGGGUGUCAUCGAUCUCGGUCUCGGGUCGUCGAUCGCCGUCAAGGGCUGGGCCAAACCGACGCGCAAGCCGUCCACUUCGUCGAUGAACCCGCUCCGGUCGGUCUCCAAGUCGAUCUCGGACACGCUCUUUGGCGAGGACAAGUCGUCGACGGAUCCGUUCUUGAACAUUGCACUCAAAAUGCAGUCGGUCGAGUUUGCCGUGUGGCUCGCAUCGCUCAUCAAGCGCACAUUGUGGCUCGAAGCCAAGGCCACCGAAUGGCUCAAAGCGCUCGCUGCGACCGACUUGACGCCGACGCAGCUCUUUUUAGCGGCCGGAAGAGACAUUGUCCAGCUCAUUCUCGACGAGGACCUCGCGCCGUCGCGCAACCACGCAGGCGCGACCGCACAGCACCUGCUGCAGUGCGGGAUGCUCAUGGUGUGGAACCCGCCGCCCGACAUGGACGUCGACAACAUUGUGUUUGAAGACAGCGAUGUACUCUACCGCGUCUCGAUUCCGACGCCGCCGCCGACGCCCAGCACGACGUUUACACUCUUGACACCGAGCAAGUCGUAUGUGCUCCGGACCGAAUCGCACGAGGAAACGCGGUUGUGGUGCGUCGCGCUCCGGCAAGCGAUCGUCCUCGCAAUGGACUUUGUCCACGAAGCGUCCCGCCAACGCCACGAGAAAGCCCGGCCGCGGGAUAACGAGAAGGCCGGCGCGACCACCAAGACGUACGUGCACGCGCGGGUCCGUGCCGACGGGCCGACCAAAGUGCUCGAGCUCACCGAAGGCGGCGAAGAGGACGAUGACGCCGGGGCCCGCGAUGCCUCGAGUCUGCGCGCGCUUGACGAGAGCUCGUCGUCGAUGGCACCGAUAGCGCCGAGAAGUGUCUCGCUCUUCCAGCACGUGACGGUGCAGUGUACGCUCCACAGCGUCGGCCUCUCGUGCGUGAACGCGACGCCCAUGGAGGUGCUCUACGUGAGUCUCCAGGGCCUCACGUGCUCGUUCCUGCGCCACGAGACCAAAAUGCAGUUUGCGAUCACGGUCCGCGACAUUCAGGCCGACAACCAAGUGCCAGAUGCAACGUUUACGACGAUGCUGUGCCCGAAAGAGGUGGCGGCGUCCGAUGACGCGCCGGCGUCGUUCCACUGCGACGACUGCCGCGCGGAGCACCCGUCGGCGGCUGUUGCAUUCCACUUUUGCUGCGGCUGGUCCAACGAGCAAGGCUCGACCGACUACUUUGAGUACUGUUCGUUCCACUUGCUGCCGAUGAUGGUGCAGCUCGACGAAGAGCUCGUCUCGGUGCUCCGCAGCUUCCUCAUGCAGGUGAUUUACCAGCAGCAAGGGGCCGCGGGGCAAAAGUUUCUCAACCACUCGACCAUGGACGUGGCGCCGACGUUGAGCGCGCGGCAGGUCGCAGUCGACUUUAAGGCGUGCAUCGAGAGCUCGGAACUCGACCCGCUCAACAACUUGAGCUUGCUCGAGAGCGCAACGACGUCGACGUCGCUUGAGCGCAAGGUGUACUUUGCGCUUCUGCACAUCCACCCCGUCGAGCUCGACUUGACGUUCCGAAGCGACGUGAUUUCGGGCUCGCGCAUGCUCCAAAACUCGAUCAGCACGACGCGCAACGAACUGAGCUACGAACACGGCGCGUCCGACGACGACGGCGGCCACAUGCAAGAAGCGGUCGCGGCGUGGAUCCCAAGCUUGAGCAUGCACGUACCCGACUUGGACAAUGCGCCGAUUCGCCUCAAUGCACUCAUCGUCGAGCACGCGUUCGGCACGAGCGGAGAAGUGACGCGGCGCGUGACCAAGUACUACACGCGACAGCUCUGGAAGCAAGUGCACAAGGUUCUCGGGUCGUUCGACUUUUUGGGCAACCCCGCGGGCUUGCUCGACCACCUUGGCACGGCGGUGCGCGAUCUGAUUGUCGAGCCCAUCCAAGGCGCUCGCACCGGCACCGGCAUCACAGGCACGGGCGUUGGCUUUGGCAAAGGUCUGGCCAAGGGCGCCACGUCGUUUGUCACCAAUUUUAUUGAUGGCACGUCCGACGCGACGUCCAAGGUCACGGGCACCUUUGGUCAGGGCCUCGCGACCAUGAGCUUUGACGACCACUACCAGCAAGCCCGGGCCAAGGCCCGCCGCCGCCACGUCCGCGGAUUCAAGGAAGGUUUGAUUCAGGGUUCGCGGGAGCUCACGCUCGGUAUGGUCGAGGGCGUCACAGGCGUUGUGCUCAACCCGAUCCGCGGCGCGCAGUCGGACGGUGCGGUUGGCUUCUUGAAGGGCACGGUCACCGGUAUUCUCGGUCUCCCGAUGAAGCCUGUUGCGGGCGUCUUUGACUUUGCGUCGCGCGCGACCCAAGGCAUUCGCAACCGGUCGCUCGCGUAUGGCCGCCAAGGGCUCCGCGUGCGCCUCCCGCGCGUCUUUGGCCGCUACAACGAAUUGCGCUGCUACAAGGAAGAGGACGUGGCCGCGCACCUCCUCGUGUCCAAGACGGGCACGAACGAGAAGAUCAUCUACCACGCACGCGUCGAGCAGCACGUGGCCGCGGACCAGCUCGCUCGCAAGGCCAAGUUGGCGCAGCAGACGCCGCCGUUUUUGCCAUUGCACCGCCACGUCCUUCGCAUGGAGCGCUUUGAGAGCGCGACCGACGUCGACGAAGGCGGCGCCCGCGCGACGUACGCGGUUGUCUUCCAAAAGAAGGCACUCGGCCUCGAGCUCGAGACCGACUUUUACAACGAGUGCGUCAUCAUCAAGACGUGUCUCGACAAGUCGAGCGUCCAAUCAGCGACGACGACGACGCGCAGCGUAACCCAAAAGCUGCUGCAGCCCGGCGACAUCCUCGUCAUGAUUGGCGACGUCGACGUCCGCCGCAUUGGCUUUCGAGAAACCAUCGACAUGAUCAAGGGCGCGGCGCGGCCCGUCACGAUCACGUUUGAGAGCGCGGACGUGCUCGCGACGCAGCGCAAUGCGUCCGACUCGGACAACGACGACGACGAAGACGUGGGCAAGACCUUUGUGUACUCGCCGUCGCCGUCAUUUCGGAACCUCCCGCCAACGCCGUCGGUCUACGCCAAGCUCAAGGUCACGCAGGUGCACUGGGUCAUCAUCACGGACACGCGCGUCUUGUACGUGCAGUGGGCCCCCGAGGCGUCGUACGCUGACGCGUCCCUCGAGUGGUCGGCACCGCUGCAGUACAUCCACAGCAUCGACGUCGAGAAGGGCGACGCGAUCCGCUUGCACCUCCGCGUCGGCGUCAACAGUCUCUUCACAGGCCCGCUCAGUCGCCCCGAGUGGCGGCACGAGACGCCAGCGGCGAUCGAUGCGAUGAAGACGUUUGCGUCGGUGAUGCGCCACAGCUUUCGGUCCGAGAUGGCCGAUGUCCAAGAGGUCUAUCCGUCCGACACGUCGUUCUCGGGGAACCUCCGCGUCGGCUUUGGCACGGGCAGCAAGCGCCGGCGGUGGGUUGUGCUCUGCCGCAAUUGCGUCUACCUCUUUACGCCCCACUCGCCCCGCGUUCUGCGCUACAUUGUGCCCUUGGGCCGCAUGGCGCUCGUGAAGGGCGCGACGCCCCUCACGUGGACGCUCAACGGGCUGUUGCCUGGCGAAGCGCUCCAGUUUUGCUCGGUCGAUGGGCCCGUCGUCGGCCAGCGCAUGGAUCUGCACGUGCACAUGGUCGCCGAGAAGCCCGAGGACGUCGAGAUGUGGGUCUCGGCGCUCACGCACGCGGCCGGGAAGGGCAUGCGGCAUUCGAAGGGCACGCGGUUCUACGCGCCGUCCGAGGCGACGACGCUCACGAUCGGGUGCCACGAAGCCAAGCCGCACAUUGUCGACAGCCUUGCCGACGCGCUGCGCAAGACGCUCGCCGUCUUCAAGGCCUAGUGUUAGGACCUCGAACGAAUGUAUUUUCUAUAUCUUUUCACUCGCGCCAACGACGGACCGUCCGACAGGAUCGACGCCAUGCUUAGCUCUUCACCAUCUUGAUAACAACACUCAUCUCAGUACGUAGUUAGUAGACA